CUUCCUUUCCUGUGCAGGGCGCGGAAACACCCGUUCUUGCCAGGUCUAAACUUUGCAGUUUACAUCGAUGCUCUACAUCUGUUGACACGCCAGCAGUCGCGACCACAUGUCGAAUGAACAGCGAUCCGUGCCGCCUCGAGCCGUACGGCGGCCCCGUGGCGGAAGACCCAGAGGGACUUUGUCAUCUCCAGUGCGGACGCAGAACACCAACGCUGAUUCUACUUCCGUCUGGAAUGGAUGCAUUCCUCAAAUAUAUGCUGUACCGACGACAGAAUCCUACGGGGACGAGUCGCUCCUGAUACAACCUCCCACUGCUCAAUCAUCAACGAAGUCCCGACUUCCAUUGGCGACACGGUCGUCGCCCGACCACGCCUCGCCACUUUUGCGUCGCGUGAACGAUUCUCCAAACCACGCCAACGGGAUUGUUGGUAGCAUGACACAAGGAAGCCGCCCAGCUUUGCACGAAACCUCCUCCAGCAGUGCAGUACGGCCGUUGACAUCCAUCAAUCAAGACCUUCCAAGUCGUCGCCGACCCCGCAGCGCCUCUUACAAAGCGAAAAUCGGCGCCUUCCAAAAUCCUGUAGAUUUUUCCACAGUUACGGUGAAAGUAGUUUCAUUGACGCAGCGAGCUGCCUUCGAGACGAGGCCCUUGUUGUCGGUGCAAGCAUGGCAAGACUGGGCCGACGAGCAGUCAAGAAUACGCCAAACCAAUGUUGCAAAACGCAUGUCGCCAUCGAAACAACACUUGAAAUUGCUACAUGUUAUGCAAUCACAACGACUUACUCGGCAAGUUCACUUUUCCCCUAGUACAUCGCGUGAUGCAGAUUUUUUUGUGUCCAGUGAUCCCAAGCUCGCGGCUACCUUGUCCACACGUUUGCAAAACGUGUCCGACGGCCGUUACCGUUCUAUUCAUCCUGUCAAGGCUGCAGUUGCGGCUUUGCCAGCUACGGUACCUGUCUUGUCCAAUAGAAAGACGCGGCUACCAACCCGCGCCGACGUGGGCUUUCCGAACGCUCUACCAGACGACAUUGCACAGAAACACGGAGAGAUUCAGGACGAAACGGCAUGGGAAAGUUCCAGUCCCAGGUUGGUAGUAUUGGUCACUAGCGACGAUUUGGGGAUGUCGGUUGCAGCGGAAUUGCCGUCGACGACGAAUCAUUGCGCAGAGCAUCUACGUUGGAAUGGAGGUGGAUUGGCACAGAUGCCUUUGGCGGGGAAGGAGUUAAUCGAAGCAAUGGAAAGGAACGCGUCACAUUUUGGACGACCGAGAACGAAUCUGCACCGCUUCUUGGAGCCCAAUCCAUACAGCAUGAUGGCACCGCCACUGGAUGCAAGCUACAGUAGAAGUCAAGGUUGGCGACCUCGGCCUUUUCACGACAGACCGCCAGGGCGACAAUAUUGUUUGAGCUGUCCUUUGGGAAUUGUUUUGGAUACUGUUUCGACUCCUUCCGGAAUGGAGGCGUUAGUGGGUAGCCUCGCGCUAUAUUCACUACCAUCGGGCAAUUUUGCUAGCCAAGGGGAGGCCAUGGGGAAAAUGACCGAGGAAUUCUGGUUUCCAGCGGGAAACUGGCAAGGCAAGGUGGAUUUGGACGCGACUCGCUACAGAGACUUCUCAAUCAACCCGGACUUGCUUGACUUGUGGAUGAAGCGCAAACACAAAGCUAUCUUCUCGUAUGAUCCUUUGGAUUUACCGACAAAUUCUUUGGACACAUUGUACGUGGUGUUGCAAGUAUACAAACUAGCACAUUCGGACACUCUAGCUUCCUGCUUAAAAACGAAGAAGGCCUCGCUGACCCAUAAGUCUGAUCGAGCAGUGAAUGACACUGCGAAGAAAGCCGAAGCAAGGGAGGACCGAAUGUAUCAACAAUUUGGUACGCAGCUAUUGUCACCUCUGUGCUUUGGUGUAGCAAAGUUCUUGGUCAAUGGCACGUGUCCCGUGAGUUUGGAAACUUGGCCGCAAGGCCAAACUACAGAGACUUCCUUAUUUUCAUACCCUCCAGUGCCAGAGUCACAGGAUGAGUUUGUUGAAAGACUGACAAAAAUUGUUCAACGCAAUGCCAGAGAUAGAGAGUUUCACUCUGCAGCUCGCGCUUCCUCAGGCGGUACGUCGGCCUUCAAUCAAAGCGUGCAGUCUCCAGAAAGGAAGCGCAGCGUUGCUGGCCGUAUUUUCAAAUCGCCCAGAAAACUGCCACGUUCUAAAUCUGUCCCAGACUCAAAAGUCUCUGCAAGAUGCCUAUUCUCUGAGCAGGUUAUUGGUCGUGCAAAAGUAUUCUCCUCGAUCCUGCCAGUGGAUUUUCUGCACGCUAUGCUUCAAAGCCCUGAAAGUGAAGCCUUUACUGGAACCAGCUGCGACUCGCCGAAACUCCUCGUGGAUGUUUCAGGCGACUUUGCCGUCGUACUCGAUACAAACUUGCCUGUAAAUAUAAUUGCUCCGGCAAAGGGUGACGCCAAAAAGCGUUCAGAUUUGCUCAGGUUGCCUGCUUCAGACACACCUGCUGGCUAUGUCUCGUCUUCGGAGUUCCGAGAGGUUCUUUAUUUACCACCUAGACCUCCAAAAUUCUAUGACGUCGAUUCGCUCCUGUCAUCUGGAUCGGCUUUGAACUUGAUGUUCCUCUACCCUCGGCUAUUGCGAUACGCUGCAGGCGGACAUAUAAAUAAACUCGGGAAUUUCACCAUCCGAAUACGGUUGGUGCAGACCGCAGUGACUGCCGAUAAGGAUCUAAUCCCAGUUAAGGCACACCCAAUCGCGCUACCUUUGUUCCACUCACCAACUCCGUGGGCUGGACCCAGCCUUGUUAGUGCUGUUUACACAAAGCUUCGAGGGGAUCUGUCCAUGGACGACAAAAGUCAAGCCGAUAUAGCAGCUGGUCUUCAGCUGAACGAUGAGAUCAAGCUGCGUCUCCCUGAUGUUCUCGACGGAUCCUUCUCCCUUGAGUUUGGCCUGUUUUCUGUGAAUUUAUUGAGCGAUGCGACAGAAUAUUUCAAGCUGCUUGCAAUCUCCACCGUCCCUCUGACUAGCUCGUCGAAUCUUGAGUCAGUCACUUCUUCUCGCAUUACAACCAUAAUUCCUAAUGGAAAUCACCGAUUGAAGCUAGGUGAUUUUCAGCUUCAGAUUGAGACUCGCCUCGUAAGCUCCGUUCAUGUCGGUGAUCCAUCCGUUGCCGCUGUGCUGAAGUACUUUCCCACCGCAAGUGAAAGCCAUAGUGGAACCCAGUCAAAAUUGGAACUCAGCUCUGAAGUCAAGAAAGCUCUUUCCGUGGACUCAACGGAUUUCGACGACUCUUGUUGGUAUCUUCUUUCUACCGCCUCUCCGAGCACCGUUGUAGCUCAUUUCAGGAUACUGCUUCACAUCCACCUUUGCAACUUGGUGAACAGCAAAAGUAAGGGCUCCACAAAAACAUCCCAGUUCUUGGUCAAUAUCAUGCAAAGUUUGUUCGAGAUCAUUCGGAAAGUCAAAAGGAAGUUUGAAUCAGAAAGUGAUUGUACACUACAAAGAAAAACAGACAUUUUUCUAAAAAAUUACUUGGAUUCUUUCGACGAAGCGUUUCUUUCCCCCGUGUCGUCUCCACGGAGUGACAGAUUUCCUGAACGAUCAAAUGUCACCUCCGAACAAAUUCCUGUUCACUUUCAAAACGACCCCAACGCAUCGGAAGAUGAAAUGGGAGACAAAGAAACAGAACAACAGACAGCGGAUGUGGCAAUUCGAAAAACAAAACCCACUUUAUUUCAGACGCAAGAUCAUGCUCGAGUUUCGCGAAUUAUAGAAUCAUUAGGGCGGUCUGGAGUGCCAUUUUCACGUGUUGCAUAUGGAGCCAGCAAAACAGAUCGAAUGCGCAUCCAGGCUGAACUACACUGCGACCUUGUGAAUUUAUUUGACGACGACGAUACGAUUGCCACAAUACAAACAUUUAGAGGUGCAAAUAGAAGUAAUUCGCCGCAUACAAGUGAAACGGUUGUGAGCUUAAAGGAGUCGUCGAAGAGCGGAAAUAUGACAGAUGACAACAGCAUUGUGCGAUCAUCGUCGUCGCCGCUCCGACCCAGAAAAGGUGAGACAUUCCACGUGGAUCAGUCAGAUUUUGCAAAGAGGGUAAAAUCUGUUGCACAGGUCAUACUUGCACCAUGCGUUGGUCCUUCUCUUGCCAAUGCCUUUAAAACGGGUGCGCCAAAGUGGGCUAAAAAUGAGACAGCCCAUAAGUCAAAAAAAGUCGAAGCAUUUAAACAUGAAACACAGGGAUGGCGCUCUCCUGGGACCGACGACGAGAGCGAAGGUACCAGUGGCAUCACUGUCCAAUUGGGCCCCGAGCUUGCUGUCUUCCGUGGCCAGCCCGACGGACCGAUAUUUGUCUUCUCGUUGCAAAAUCACGAAAGCCAGAAGAUCCCGGUCACAAGUGGGGAUUACUUGUACGAGUCAAUUAUUGUCCUAUGGCUGUGCGCAUGGCUAGAGUUCGUUGAUGGAAGGCUUGUAACAUCGCUGGAAACUGCAAACUUUGCUAGCCGCCGCUUUCGUACCGUUCCAGUUCCUGUCUUUGAUUCUUCCGCUAGCCCUAAGGCGACUGUCCUCUCCUUCUUCGCCCACAUGGGUUUCCUCUUACCACUUUGCUUAAAAUCGCUCAUCUUGAGAUACAGCAUAGAGGUGUCGUCGAUGUACCCUGCUUCGACGAGGGCGAUAGUAGAUCAAAGCCACAUGGUCGUGCUUGAACCUUUCAUUGAAAUGCUUGUGAGAGGCUUAUUGGGGAAAGCCCUUCACAAAUUCGGGUCACCGACCGAACGAGCAAGCACUUUGCUCCACGCAAUGGCUUCCGCCGAUGAGAUCCUCGACUUUUUGGUUGGUCUCUUGUCAAUUAUUCAUCCCGAGCAUAUGCGGCUGUUACUGACAACGUAUUUCAAAACACUGCGAGACUGCGAGACAGAACAGCUUGUGGAUGGUUCUACAGAGGUCCGAUUUGAAUGGACCGAGGAAUUCAUCCAUAGAGUUCACUGUUCUCGGCAGCUGCGUUUACAUGCUGUUGAAAAACUUGCUACUUUGCCGUCAUUUCUGUCCUUAAACUUUCCGCUGAACUGCGUAGAUUAUCAUCAUCAGAGACACGGGGGGAAAAUGAGCUGGGUAGAUCAGCAUAAGGGAUUCAGUGAUGGAGAGCUUACAAGCAAAAAAGCUAAUGACAUCAUUAGACUACCCGAAAGUGGCUGGCUUGCGUCGAUCGUUAUCAACGAGGGCCUAGCUGUUUGCUCUGUAUCGUGCGAAUCAGUCGUCGUCGAAGCGAUGGCUCACGAAGAAGUCUCUCAGCAUAAGACGUCCCAGAUACAAUUACUGGCAAACUCAACCCUUUUUACUCGACCGGGAGCAGCUUUUAAACGUAAAGACUUCCUAGUGUUCCAAUCCAUUGCAAUCCACGCGAUCAUCUGCGUCUAUGAAUUGAUCAUUCGGCGGCAUUCGAUGGACCGGCGCUUUCAGACUGACUCACACCGGGAACGUAUUGCUGCAGUGCUUGCUUCUCCUAUUCUCGAAAGAUCGGUCGCAAGCUCUCGCUGGCUCGCCAGAAUGGGAGCUACGCACAAAAUUCGAACAACAUGGCUGUUAUGCUUCGUCUAUAUACUGCAAGAAGCUCCCGAAUCGUUACUAAGAGUUUUCGUUCGUCAGGCCUGCGAUCCGAAGGAUUUACGCAUUCAUCGUUUUAUUCGUCUUCUGCGGCUUUGCAGCUCCACUUUUCAAAGUUGCAUUGAUAUCCCGAAGCAUUCUGCCUUUCCGUCUCACAUUGGUCGAGGCAUGGCGCCAUGGCUACUGCAGGAAAGCUUUAAUACAAUUUGCGCUUCCAUAAUCAUUGUUGUGGAGGAAGGGGCUUCUUUGUUUGCCCCGCAUGAACGACGCAAUAUCAUUGAAGGUAUUUUGGAUGUGCUUCUGCACGUUUUAGCAACCCCUCAGUCCUCAGUGACGCAUCUCCGCGCCGUGGGAGGCGCACUUCAGACGCUGGAUCUAUUCGGGGCAGACAUGUUCGUAGAAACCGCUGGGAACAAUUUACAACACUGGAUUAGAGUUAUUCUGAAUUUGAUGAACAGUUCAUCUCUCUCUGUUCGUUCAAUUGCUGUGGACUUCAUGGUUUCCCUACUCGGUGGUACGUUUGAUUGCUUUGGAAAUGUUGACGACAUUUGCUUGAUCUUUGUUUCGGUGCUACCGGAAGUAUGUGCUAGGGAAAUAGCACUAUGUAGCGUAAGCAAUUUGAUCGUGAACGCAGAAGAUAUUGCGAGAGCGCUGUGGCCACUUCGGCGCUCCAUCGGUGACCUGGAAGACACAAGUCCUAAGGAUGAUUGCCGCAUUGACCCUCAGCUGGCUCCAAUACUGUCUGGUUUUUGUCGAGCUUGUCAGGCCAUAGUUGACGGUGUAUUGAUCGAGAUGAGACUGAAAGGGAGAGAUUUGCAAGUUCUUGGCGCAGGAGUAGUCCAGGUGCCUCACCUUAGCACGGUGUUUGAUGCCGACGAAGAGUCCCUAUUUGAGGCAGCCAAUUUCUUUGUCUCUGAAACAGCUCCAGUACAACGAAUGCGCUGGCUACUGACACUUCGAUCACUACAGGUGUCGAAAGGUCUAUGGACGGAAGCGGCUGAAAGCCUUAUUCUUUGUGCUCGAACUAUAUCGGAUUCUCUUCCGCACCUCAAGAGUGUUUGGAGGCCUUCUCGAUUCGUCUUUUGGUCGGACAGUCGACGAUCACUAUGGCUAGAUACUAUUGGAGAGGAUUCGGGAAUACCAGACGAGGGAAAUUCUCAGGUAAUGGAUUUUGCCGAUGGGUUUUUGGAACCGGACGAUGUUUUUGGAGGUCAUAGGAAGCCAUCAAGUGGUAAACUACAGCAGCCUACGGUGUCGAACAUGUGCAAUGUCCUCAUCCGAAUCGUGAAGGAAUCCGUAGAUUUGUAUAUGAAGGAAGGAGGGAUAGAGGAGUUGGCUUACAGCCAGCUGGAGUCACUGUUGAGAGCAGUAAUGAAUAUCUUGGAGGUGCACAAAGUGAGGAAUGGGAUUCGCAAAUUCGAUCCGAGUGCGAGAAAGGGACAUGCCGAUUAUGAUGUCGUGCUUCGGAAAGUGGUGCUGAAUAUCAGAGCCGACUUGAAGAUUCUAGUAGAGAGCAUUCAUCGAGCAGUACAAAAAUCGCCCAGCGCUCCGGUCGCCAACAUAUCGUCCACGGCUCCUACCCAAGGUGCGUCCAAUAAAGAAUCAAGGAAGGCUUUGCUUUACGUAUUUAUGCGCCUGUACGGCAAAAAACCGCCCCGCUUCCAAGAAAGCACGACGAUCCCAACAUUUUUGGAGUGGGACAUUCCUUGCGUUUGCCGUAUACCAAAAGGUGUUACGGACAAAGUCUCAGACGAGGAAAGGAAGGAAGCCUCCAAAAAACUGUCGCUUUUAUUCGCAGACGUCUAUAUUGCACACCUCCGGAAGGAAUGCGGGCCUCACAAAUUUGCCUUGUGCACGGAGCCUGGAGAUUCGACUGCAGCUCGUGACGACGAUACAACGUACCUUUGUAUCUUUCCAGUUGAUGCGAGCGCCAAUCCUGAAUUUACGGGACAGCAUGGAAUUCCUACGAAGCGAUUUUUGUAUCAGAACGGACCAAAUAUCAACAGUAGUUGGAUGGAGCUAACGGUCGCGCACUCCUUUCCGUGUCCGGUCUCGCGUCAACGUGCGGUACUAUCGACGGAACUGUAUGCAAUGUAGACCACGCAAACUCUUACCUCUAGUAUUGACCACGUCAUGCACCAAUCCUAGUUUGGAGGAUUUGUGAAUACAAUGAAUCGGACAAGCAUGUUUCAUACAAUUUUACUGCAUGGUAAACUUUAAGAAAGGAGAAAGUAACAUGUGAAGGCAACGUUAACUCAAAUCCCUAACCGCCAAACAUGGCUCUCAUAUGAUGUGUUUGCUCCGUUUGGUUUACCACACUUUUGGCUGUCGACUCGGAAUAAGCCUCUUGUUUGAGUGAUGUCGUAGGAGCUUGCUUUCGCCACCGUUCCUUAUAGCCUUGUGGUAGGAAGUCAUAUCAUAUUAUAAGAAACUGCUUGUCUUUUCUUGCCCUUGCUCCGGGAAAUGACUGACUGAUAGACUUUGAAGCUG